CGUUCAGAAUUGCUACCUAUAAGCAUUUGUCAGGCAGUUUCAAGGAUAAACUCGUUUGUUUUCUUGUUUAUGGGAUUUAUUAACAAUUAACAGGUGGAGCCAAUAAACCUCACAGAAGAAGAAGGAAACCUUUUAAACAAGCAGCAUGUCUGCUCUGUCACUUUCCUGCAGGACUAAACUCCAGCUGAGACCUCACAACAUCCGGGUCCUUCUUCAAAAAAAUGUCAGUGUUUCUCCAAACCAAGACUCAAGACACUGCAGCUCUGGAACGCAGAAAAGGAGGGUUGUGAUCACUGGGAUUGGGUUGGUUUGUCCUCUGGGAACUGGCACUACUUUACCCUGGGAACGCUUGAUUAAGGGACAUAAUGGGAUUGUGGCUCUCACCUCAGAGCAGUACAGAACCAUCCCCUGUAGAGUGGCUGCUCUGGUCCCUAGAGGAAAGGAACCGGGGCAAUUUGAGGAGGAGAAGUUUGCAUCUCGAGGGGAAAUCAACAGCAUGUGUCCAGCCACUGUGAUGGCACUUGGAGCCGCUCAACUGGCUCUGGAGGACUCAGGUUGGACCCCGACGACCACAGAAGAGCAGCUUCGCACUGGGGUAGCUGUGGGAAUGGGCAUGGUGUCUCUGGAGGAAAUCUCUCGCACCGCCUCUGCUUUCCAGGAGAAAGGAUACAAGAAGGUCAGCCCCUUCUUCGUGCCUCGAAUCCUCGUCAACAUGGCCGCCGGGCACAUCAGCAUCCGGCACAAACUGAAGGGCCCCAACCAUGCAGUUUCUACAGCUUGUACAACGGGAGUUCACGCUAUAGGAGACGCUGCCAGAUUUAUAUCCUACGGAGAUGCAGAUGCGAUGGUGGCAGGAGGAGCAGAAUCCUGCGUGGGUCCUUUAUCUGUAGCUGGGUUCUCCAGAGCAAGGGCCCUCGCUACGAAGUGGAACGAUGAUCCUCCGAAGGCUUCGAGGCCCUUUCACCCAGAGAGAGCAGGCUUUGUGAUGGGAGAGGGUGCAGCUGUGGUGCUUCUGGAGGAAAGAGAGCAUGCUGUGAGGAGAGGAGCCCGAAUAUACGCUGAGAUUCUGGGGUACGGACUCUCAGGGGACGCCAGCCACAUCACGGCCCCGACUGCUGAUGGAGAUGGAGCCUUCAGAUGCAUGUCAGCGGCCCUCAGAGAUGCGGGGGUUUCUCCUUCAGACGUGACGUACGUUAACGCUCACGCCACCUCCACUCCUUUGGGAGACGCCGCUGAAAACGCCGCCAUCAAGAAGCUGUUCCAUCAGAGCGCCGAGCAUCUGUCCGUCUCCUCCACGAAAGGGGCUACGGGGCACCUUUUAGGGGCCGCAGGGGCUCUAGAAGCAGCUUUCACGGCUCUUUCCUGCUUCCACGGGGUCCUUCCUCCGACCCUGAACCUGGACCGCACAGAUCCAGAGUUUAACCUGAACUACGUGCCCUUCACAGCGCAGAGAUGGAGCGCUGAGGGACGAAGAGUCGCUCUCACUAACUCCUUCGGGUUCGGAGGCACCAACGCCUCUCUGUGUCUCAGCAGCAUGUGAACACACUCAUUAAGAGAGUAUAGACUUUUAGAGGAUAAUGCACACAGCAAAACACUGAUACGUUGAUGUUAAGUUCGUCUAAGUUAAUGAACAAAAGUGAUGUCUCGGUGUCUCAGCAGCAUGUGAACAGAUUCAUUAAGAGAGUAAUUAUUGACUUUAAGGGGAUAAUACACACAGCAAAACAUGGAUACGUUGAUGUUAAGUCAAAAAGUGUGAAUUGAAAAGGAAAUUACCCCAUUAAAAAGAUGAUAUGUUGACUUUAGUUAAA